AUGUUCAAGAGCUUUACGAUAAUCGGUGCAGAAAAUCUGAAACCGGUUGACUAUGGAGCCGGUGUGUUGUCGUUCCUGUUGGUUGCUUGCGGUGGUGCACUGAUAGGUCUCGUUGCCGCAUUCAUUGUUAGCUUUAUAACAAAAUAUACAAAUCAGGUCCGAAUCCUUGCACCAGUGUUUAUUUUUGUCAUUCCUUAUAUGGCAUAUCUCACGGCUGAAAUAACUUCUCUGUCGUCGAUUAUUGCGUGA